AUGAAAGAGGUGGUGCAAAAUUUGCAGAACACCUGCCGGUUGCCAGCGACCAUAGACGUGGAUGCUUACAAUUCAGCCCUACGAAUCUGCUUGUCCAAGCUUCGUGAUGCAACGUCCGAAGACGAGUUUCGGAAAAUGACAGUUAGGGCAUCGGCCGAAGAAGUUGCCUCUGUCAAGAGGACCCGCGAUCGCACCCGAUCCCCUGUACGGCCAGCGGUUCAUGUGCCUCCACAUCGAGAGCCCAGUUUCAAGCAGCUGAUGGACCAGGCUUUGGCAGAGCUGGCGGUUUCCCCGAAGAAGAAGCCGGCAGCACAGGUUCUGAAGAAGCCCUCUGCAAAGGUCGUCGCUAAGCCGGACCCGGAAGCCCAGCAGAAGAAGCCAGAGAACACAGAGAAGCCAGAGAACACAGACAAGACCCUGGAGGAAAAGGCCAUGGAUAUCGUCAAGGAGAAGCAAGCUGCUUUCCCCUGCUGGAAGGACACCGACAUGCCCUUGGAGACCUACUGCAAGAACAUGGCAUCCCGGAUCUACGGUGGCAUCAUGUGUCGCCUGUGCAAGAGCAAUGAGAGGAGCAAAGUGCAAGCACUCGCUCGGGAGCAUCAUUGCAAAGAGUUGCACCGCUUGCGAAGCAAGUAUGAUUCUAGCCGUGCUUGA